AGUAGAAACCUUUCGAACGUACAGCCAAGCACGCAAAUGUUUUGCACGAGAAACGCGUGCGAUCUUCAACAAGCUAAGCAUAUAUAGAGUCUAUGCUCUAUAUAUAGACGCAGCCGCAACCCAACUGUGAUACAUACCAAGGUACCUGCAGCGCUAACUACAGCAACCACAGCACCAGAUCCACAAUCCUCCAAAUCCCAAUUCCAAUCCUCAACAAAAUGUCUGCAGCGAACAAAGUAAAUCAUUUGGUGGGCGCCACAUCCAGAUAUAUUGCCGGACGCAACGCCGUGCAGACUGUCUACUGGCGCACCUCGUCGGGACCCAAUCCUCGCAUGUUAAAGACGAACAAAACCUGCGAAUUCGAUCGCAGUCAGAAGACGCCCCAGAGUGUGAGAAUGCAGAACUUCAAUCGCAGCUAUAUCAAUCACAAAUAGACUAUGGGAAUAUGGAUGUGUCUAACACGGACAAGUUCCUAAUACGUACGAGUAUCUGGCUCUUCACCAUAAUUCUAAACACAUUUUUUUUUUCGGGUGCACUUUAUAUUUAUUUAAUGAAGUCGUGUUCCAAGAAUUGUAUAUAAUAUGGUGUGCAGAAAAUUACGAAGCAAAUUAAAUUUUAGAUGAAACCGCCACGUAGGCUCUUAAAAAGAAACAUGUGACUGUAGGUUGGUUGGAUCAAUAGGUUGGAAAAUUGCGAACGAAACAAAAUAUAUGUCUAGUUUUUAAAUACAGAAUGAGUUCGAAUUUCACCUUCGGGGGUAAAUGCAUAUUUACUGGCAUGGCCUGGCAAUAAAAACAAAUAUGACUCAUAGUCAUACGAGUA